ACAGCUGAUUGUCAAUUCAGAUUUAUUUUAUGGUUAGAAAGAAGUGUUUGUGCAAUAGUUCAUGAAUUCCAAUUGAAUACGAGAAAAUAAUGGCGUUUUUGGCUAGAGGAUUGUUUUCGGCGGCACGCCAACCAAGCCUCAUAAAUAAUUUAACACACACAUUUCGUGCGCUCAGCAUAGCACCUCGCCUGCUGCAACAACAAAAACCAACAUUGGUGGAUGCCGCAGUUGCAGCAAAUAAAAGUGAAAAGAUUUCUGAACUCGAACAAAAAGAAUGUCAAGAUGUUUUCGAUAAAGUAGAUAAACAAAUUGCCGAACGCCAGGAGGGACGUUUAUUUGCCAUUGUGCACUUGUGUGGCAAACAAUUUAAAAUAACAGCUGGCGAUAUCAUUCUUGUGGAGGGCUAUUGGCCACCAACCAUAGGCGAUGAGAUACGUUUGGAAAAAGUGCUGCUGGCCGGUGCAAAGGAUUUCACCUUAAUCGGUCGUCCACUGCUACCAUCCGGUUUGGUGAAUGUGAAGGCGACAAUUAUUGAGAAGACCUUAACGCAUACGAAAACACAUUUCAAGAAGAAGCGUAGGAAGCAAUUCAUGCGUAUCAAUUUCCAACGUUCACCGAACACUAUGAUUCGCAUAAAUUCAAUUGAAGUUGAGCAAAAAGUCGGUGGUCCAACGCAAGUAAUCAGUGAGCCGCGUAUGUUUUAGUUGCAUUUUUUUAACUGUUGUACAUAAAGUGUAUGCCAAUAAAGUAGUUAAACAUUUAUUUUGUUCUUAAGAUAUGUGAAA